AUGGAGGUAGCGCUGGUUAAUCUCGAGAGCUUGGACGUCAACGUCAACAUGGGCGACCGAGACGCCCCGGACGAACCCAAUGAGAUGACCUCCCUCACCACGGACACGCCGAUCCCUGGCCCAGGCAAAAACCACGUGGUCUUGCCCCCGCAGCUGCCCCCUCCCAGGGGCAGGAAGGGGUCGCAGCAGCAUGGGCAGGCCCCACCGUCGCCCACCAUUCCUUCAGUGGCCAGGAGGGGGCGACCCAGCUGCGCUAGCCUCAUCUCCAACUGGAAGCUCUUGCUGAAUAGCGAGGCAGCACAGAGCGAGGGCAUCUUCAGCAAGCUGACGAAGGACUGCGCUGACGACCUGUUCACGGACAAGCGGUUUUUGGACGAGGGGGAGCAGAAGGUGAUCAUCAACAUUGCUGGCCUCCGCUUCGAGACACAGCUCAAGACCCUGGACCAGUUCCCCGAGACCCUGCUGGGGGACCCCAUGAAACGAAUGGGCUACUUCGACCCCAUGAGAAACGAAUACUUCUUUGACCGCAACAGGCCAAGUUUCGAUGGGAUUUUGUACUACUACCAGUCCGGAGGGAAGAUCCGCAGGCCCGCCAAUGUACCCUUGGACGUUUUCGCAGACGAAAUCGUUUUCUAUGAGCUUGGCAACGACGCCAUGGAGGAGUUCCGUGAGGAUGAGGGCUUCAUAAAAGAGGCGGAGGUGCCAUUGCCCACCAACGAUAUUCACCGCCAGUUCUGGCUUCUGUUUGAGUAUCCCGAGAGCUCCAAUGCUGCCCGUGGCGUGGCUCUGGUGUCUGUGUUUGUCAUUGUUAUCUCUAUUAUCAUCUUCUGUUUGGAGACUCUGCCAGAGUUCCGAGACGACUUCUUUCAUACUGUCGUCCACGUCCUCAACAAAUCGCAGGAGGGCGACGCAUCCCUAUCCCCUCCCACCACCACGCCCAAGACCAUAACCACCACUUUCUCCGACCCCUUCUUCCUCAUCGAGUCGGCCUGCAUUUUCUGGUUCUUCUUCGAACUCUGCGUGCGCUUCGUUGCUUGCCCCAGCAAGCGGGAGUUCUUCAACAACAUCAUGAACGUCAUCGACAUCAUCUCCAUCAUCCCUUACUUUGUCACCCUCACGACGGAGCUGGUGACAAAGCCGGAUGUUAACUCGACGCAGAACAUGUCGCUGGCCAUCCUGCGCAUCAUCCGCCUGGUGCGCGUCUUCCGGAUCUUCAAGCUCUCCCGGCACUCCAAGGGGCUCCAGAUCCUGGGCCAGACGCUGAAGGCCAGCAUGCGGGAACUCGGGCUGCUCAUAUUCUUCCUCUUCAUCGGAGUCAUCCUCUUCUCCAGCGCCAUCUACUUUGCCGAGGUGGACGAGCCUGAAACACAGUUCGUCAGCAUCCCCGACGGCUUCUGGUGGGCGGUGGUGACCAUGACGACCGUGGGCUACGGGGACAUGUGCCCCAUCACAUUGGCAGGCAAGGUAGUGGGCACGCUGUGCGCCAUUGCUGGCGUGCUGACCAUCGCCCUGCCUGUUCCCGUCAUCGUUUCAAACUUCAACUACUUCUACCACCGUGAGACGGAGAGUGACGAGAAACAUCAGACACCCGAAUCAGCGGAGGGGGCGGUCAAAUCAGGUACCACCAACAAACUUGGUAGCAACACCUCCCUCAACAAAACUAAUGGCAACGUGCAGGACGAGAAAUCCAAAAAUGAUAAAUUGUGA